AUAUUUGUUGGAGGGCUUGAUUCUGAUAUCAGUGAUGAGGAACUUAGACAACCAAUUUUGCAAUUCAGUGAGGUUGUCUCUGUGAAAAUUCCAGUGGGUAAAAGGUGUGGAUUUGUUCAAUUUGCUGACAGUAUGGUAUAUCUAAAGAACAACUACAUGGCUGAGCUAAAUGAAACUUUUGUUUCUGACACUAUAGAACAUUUAGCUGAACAAAUGUUACCACCUCGCGAUUCUGAAGGGCGUAAGAAUCGAUCUGAUGUAUGGAAUCACUUUAUUGAGGAGCCAAAGCCCAACAUAGAUAAUAGAGCUAAAUACACAUGGACUUCAUCUCAAAAUUUGAGUUAUAUGUGCUUGACUGCUCAUUUCAUUGACAACAAUUGGAAGCUGCAAAAGAAGGUGUUAAACUUUUGUCAAGUCACUAGUCACACAGGAAAGACCAUGGCUAAAAAGGUUGAACGUUGCUUGAGUAAAUGGGGGUUGAAUCGUGUUCUUACAUUAACAGUUGACAACGCCUCGUCAAAUGAUGUUGGAAUCCAAUAUCUAAAAAAAAGGUUAAUGUCUUGGAAUAGUUUGGUUAUGAAGGGAGAUUAUAUCCACAUGCGUUAUUGUGCCCAUAUUUUGAAUUUGAUUGUGAAAGAAGGUUUCAAGGAUAACAUUGAUGCUAUUUUGAGAAUUCGGGGUGCUGAAAAAUAUGUACGAUCUUCCCCUUCUAGGUUGUUUAAAUUCAAGACAUGUGUUGAGAAACAAAAUAUUGAAUACAAAGGCCUUGUUUGCUUGGAUGUGGAAACCAGAUGGAAUUCUACCUACUUAAUGUUAGAGGCUGCAUUAAAACUUCACAAGGCUUUUGAAGAGCUUGAGAUGCAAGAUAAGAAGUAUAUCGAAGAGUUAGAAAAGGUAAAGGGUGUUCCUUCAUAUGCUGAUUGGGAAUUUGUGCGUGCAAUCCUACCAUUUCUAAAAUUGUUUUAUGAUGCUACUUUGCGCAUGUCUGGCUCAAUUUAUGUAACUAGCAAUAUAUACAUGUUUGAGGUCUUUGGAAUUGGAAAGAAGAUCAGCCAAAUGUGCAAUUCUAGGGAUAUAAAUGUAUGCAUUAUGGCAGAAAAUAUGAAGAAGAAAUAUGAUAAGUAUUGGAGCAAUGUUGAUCGUCUAAAUGUGUUUUUACUUAUUGCUCUUGUGUUGCAUCCAGGAUACAAAUUACAGUUCAUGCAUUGGUUGAUUAAUCAAAAUUUUGAUGGUGAGGUGGCAUCUAGUUUAAAAGAAAAAGUGGAGUCUAGUUUGAAAUUACUUUUUCAAGAGUAUAAUGGUGGGAGAGAUGAAAUAGAAGUUAACUCACAAGAAGCUCGUUUCAAUGAAGGAGGUAGUGAUGACCCUUAUGGUUAUAACCAUUUUUUUCAAAAAAACUAG